UUUACCUAUGUUCACAUGAUGAAACAACGUCAACUGAAUGGGUAAUCCUCUUAUAGCAGAGUUUGCAAGUUUUAAUUGCACAGUGUCGUGUUUUUACUAGGUUGAUGUGGACGUCUGGACAUCAUCUUACUCGAUCUGCAGGCUUGGUCUGAGCCGAAUGAGAGUCUGCGCCAUGUUGGAAGCUGCUGUUUUGGAAGUUCUCAUGGGGCGAUUCGCUGGUCCCUGCAACAAACUCAUUCAUAAGUAGACACUUUACGACCACUCUGUGCAAGUGGAAAACUGUGUGACCUGCAUGCGCAUCCUCUACUCAUCAUGACUGUGUGAAGAGAUAUGUAAGAAUCCAGAGGUAUGCCAGAAUUGAAGCAGGUUAUAUAUACUGUGUAAAAAACGACACCUGUAAACUUAAAGGUGUAGUGGGUGUUUUGUCAACAGUGAUGUCUGGCACUGUAUCUCAAAGCGACCAAGAGGAGGACUACCGUUUCCUCCACAGCACGCUGAUGGAGAGGAAGCUCCACCUCCUUUUUAAGAUCCACGAGCGGCUGAGGCUCUUUGUGAAACGAGGACCCGCUCCCGUCCAAGAGCAUGCAACCAGUCUGGCCUCGCAUUUAUUCCAAGAGCUGAUUCACCAUGAAUGGAGAGAUGAAGUCAAAGAACUUUUCGCCCUCUUUUGUAAACCUCACUUCAAGAGUCUUAUAUUCGUCCAUGAUGCAGUAGCUCAGAGGGAUUUUGAGCCUACUCUGCCACAAGUACCUGAGGGCAUUAUAGAUGACGGAGAAGAUUCAGUGAAGAUUGUCAGUCUGGUUAAAACCAAGGAGCCACUGGGUGCUACGAUUAAGAAGGAUCAAUCCACAGGGGCGAUUGUUGUGGCGAGGGUCAUGCAAGGAGGUGCUGCCCACAAGAGUGGUCUGAUUCAUGAAGGAGAUGAACUAAAAGAAGUCAAUGGCGUCUCCCUGGAUCGCAGGAAGCUGAAAGAAAUUCUUCCUUUGCUGGCACGCUCGCAGGGUGACGUUACGUUCACAAUUGUUCCUGCCUCCUCCGAGCAAGAAGUGCAAUCCAAUAAGAAGCUGUUUGUCAGGGCUCUGUUUGACUACAACCCCAGUGAGGAUCCCGCUGUCCCAUGCAAGGAUGCAGCAAUUGCUUUUAACAGAGGCGACAUCCUCCAGAUUGUCUCUACAGAGGACGAUACCUGGUGGCAAGCCUGCCAUGUUGGGGGUGGUGACACACGAGCGGGGCUCAUCCCCUCGCAGCAGCUUCAGGAGAGGAGAGUUGCACUGAAACGACCCCAAACCUUGUUCCGACAACAGCAAGUCAAGGCAACAGGUGAUCUGAAAACCACUCUAGUUUUUCCAGUUGACGAGGAUGUUGACAAUGGAGCUAUAACUGGAAUCCACAUUGCUGGUUUAAGAAGUAGUUUCCGACUGGGCAAGAAGAGCAAUUGGGUCAAAGAAGCAGCUCAGUCCAAAAGGUGGAGCUCUGGAGUUCAUGAGUCCAUUUGUCCUCCUACCUACAUAGAAGUCAUCCCUUCCAAUAAAGACUGUGGACAAAGACAGCAACUGGUUGUCUUGCUUGGGCCCAGCGGUGUUGGUGUUAAUGAACUGAAGAGGAGGCUCCUGAUCUCAGAUCCGGACCUCUAUGCUACAACUGUACCAUACACCACACGUGAAAAGAGAAGCCAAGAGAGCGAAGGGAUGGAUUAUCAUUUUGUAUCCGUCCACAAAUUUGAAGAGGACAUUCUCAACCGCAGAUUUAUAGACUACGGGACAUACAGAGGCCACUACUAUGGAACAAAUCUGGACUCUGUUUAUCGUCUGAUGGCUGAGGGCAAAAUUUGCCUAAUGGAUGUGCGUCCUUGUAAACUGAAGCAUGUCUACACACUGGAAUUCAAACCAUACGUGGUUUUUGUGAAACCCCCGCGCAUCGAGGAAUUACGCCUCACCAGGAGAAGAACCAAAUUCAUCUGUGAUGAAGAGGAGCCCAACCAAGUGAGGAUGUUCUCGGAGGAAGAUUUUGAAGAUAUGAUUCACUCGGCCGAAACCAUGGAAGCCCAGUACGGUCACAUGUUUGACAAGGUGAUGGUGAACGGCGAUAUCACCUUGGCCUUCAGAGAGCUUAAAGCGGAUCUCCAGCGGCUUCAGGAGGAAGAGGUUUGCUGGAUUCCCGCAGAGUGGCUUUGCUUCUCGCCAACAACGGCGAGGAGGAGUUGCGGCCUUUUGGCCGGUUGGAUUUGAGCUGAAGUUGAAUGAUGAAGUGUAAAAUAGGCACCACCGCUUCUAAAUGUGUUAAGAAGUAAGUUGAAGCACAAUU